AUGGUCCAAUUCUUUACGGCUAAUGUUUAUGGUCAAAUGGAUCCGAAUUGCAAUGGUAUAAAUGAUCCAUGUAAUCAGGCAAACGCGACAUUAGCUCCAUGUAAAGGGAAUCUCCCUUCAAUACCUCCUGAAGCAUUGAGUGGUGCUCAAUCAUUCCAUUUCUUGCUUAGUACUAGUAAAGCUGAAGAUUAUGUCUUAUAUAAAUGUGCUUGUAACGCUAAAUUUUAUGAUUUAGUUGCUGGUUGCGUUUCAUGCUUCCAAGGACCGGGAAUUAACAUCACCGUAGAUUCUUUUGAAACUUUUUCGAAAACAUGUAUCAUUGCAGGCUAUGAUGUUAAUGACCCAUCUAAAGCACCUGGUAAAACACCAGCAACACCCGCUCCUAAAAAAGAUUGUAAUACUCCUAAUGAUCCUUGUAAUGCUGUCAAUAAUACAUUGACAAUUUGUGGAGGACAAUUUAAUCCACCAUCCAAAUCGACAAAUUCUGGAUUUUAUACUCCAAAUGUUCCAAAGUUGGCGCCUUGCAUGUGUAAUGAUAAAUUUUAUGAACAACUAAAAAGUUGUAUGAUGUGCUUUGCUACUCCAACGAAUAGUAUAACUGUUGUACCGCUCGAUAAAUUUAAAGAAGAAUGUAAUAAAUUGGGCGUUACUUAUGGUGCACCUCCACCAAAUGAUGGAUCAUCAUUAAUGCCUCCGAUUAUUUUGUUACAUAGUUUAUUGGUGUUAUCAAUGUUAUUUAUAUAA